GUGAAAAAAAGGCGGAAUAUAUCAACUCAUUUGGCUUGGCAGACUCCUAUACCCUCAAAUCUAUGGGAAAGUUUCAGUACCAUGAAUAAUGAUGCUAUACGACAAAUGAGACAAAUAACGGAUCAAGAACAUGAAGAGUCUUCAGAAGGCACAGAAGGCACGACAAAAACAUAUAACAAUCAUAGUGAAAAAAUAAAUGUUAGUUUGGAGAAGCAAUCACCAGAUGAAUACGAUUACGACUACCACUUAUUUAAAUCUGAAUAUUUGGAGCAAAUUGAAUUCAGUAAAAUGGAUAAUAAUACUUUCAAUUUCACCGAGAAUGAGGUACCAGAAGAAUCUGGAGAAGAUGCUCUUAAGAAAAUUAUAAAUUUUAAAAUGCCGAGGAAUUGUACACGCGAAGAAUUAACUGAAUUUGGCGCAAGGGCUCUGGAAUGUUUAGCUUUUGACUACAAACAUACAAAAGAUAAAAAAAAUUUAAAUAGAAUAUUAUACAGGACUUGGAUCAUCCUGAGAAUAUGGAUCUGUAUUUAUUUAUGCAUUGCCAUUCUUUGCUGGUGUCAAAAAGGAUGGUGCUGCUGUUGCUUUAAUUGCGCCUCUUGUGAUCCAAUGGAUAAAAUUCUAACAGCGAAGAAGUAUUACGCAGAAAAUCCACCGGGGAUUUUAACAAAAUAUGCAGACAGCAAUGUGGCAAAAGAUGCCAAAACUACAGAAUUUGAACCGACUCUUUUCGAGCUUGAAGCUUACGAAAAGUUUGAGUCAGCUAUAAGAAAUCUGUGAAAAGAA